AUUUUAUUGCUUCCAAUAAAAAAAUAUAUAUUAUAUACAAAUUAAUAAAGUAAAUAAGUGGUAUUAUGUUACUACUGUACUUCCCAACCACCAAGGCUGUUAUUAGAAUUGAACACGGUACCUUCAUAUCUUGAUUGAGUGUUAGAUCAUAUGUAAUGGAAACCAACACAUUUAUUAUCAAUAAUGAAGUAGUAAUCACCAUAUUAAUUCAUAAUGUGAGAAUCAAGGUUGGCGUAAUUGGUUGGAGGAACGGAAGCCCUCCUUCAACCUUCUUAAGAGAGGAUCGAUGGCAAGUUGGAUCCCCAAUUUCCUCCCAACUUACAAGUUAAGGCUUGCUCGCUCCAUACCAAAAAAAAUGAAAUAAUUCAUAACGUUUGGGGACUACCUUUAAGUUAUUAGUGCUAGCUAGCAAUUUUUUUUAUUCUUUUUCAAUCUUUUUUUUCUUUUUUUUGUUAGAAAGCCUCGGUUACUCAAAAUGAUAAACGUUUUUUGUUAACAGUUAUCACAUGUUGGACCUUUUCAUCACUCAAAAGAAGGCACAGAAAGCAGAAGCUUAUUAGCCCAUCCAUACAAUUUUCAAUGUGAAUGGAAUUAUAUUUUCAAAUACUUGAACCUGUCAACAGGAUGGACUUUGAAAAAAUAGCAAGUUGAGAGAGACCGGCAAUUAGGAAAGAAACUUCAAACUCUAGGAGUAAAAAUCAAUCCGUAAACAACACUUAGCAAGAUUUAUUGUUGGACUUAUGAAGAGAUGACAUACCUUCUAAGCAGAGGAAAAAUUUCCAUACUUUCAUUCCACCAGUAUAGUAGUAGCCCCUGAUAAUUGCGUCGUUGUAAGAAAGCUUACGACAUUUUUCAACGAUGAAGAAAGCCUCUUCUCCAAUCCUUAGCCCACAAAUUUUUAUCCCAUUGGUGACUGCUAUCAUCUGGGUGAAAAUGUCGAUGGGAGACCCAAGAAUCCAGACAGUCAAAAUCAUCUGUGGGAAUCAAGUUCAGAAGAAUUCACCUCCUUACAUCAAAAAUUUUGUGACAACGAUGGGGAACCUCAGCAACCUAGUUCGGACCUCUGGAUUUGGGGAAUCAGUCUCAGGAUCAGCUCCUUACACCAAUUAUGGCCUUGCACAAUGCUACGGGGACCUUUCUUCUCUGGACUGUGUACUGUGCUAUGCUCAAGCACGAACUGCCCUCCCCCAAUGCUUCCCUUCUACUGGAGGUCGCAUAUACUUGGAUGGUUGUUAUGCAAGAAGUGAGAACUACAACUUCUAUGACGAAUAUUUGGGGUCAACUGAUACAGCUGUUUGUGGUAACAGAACAAGAGCUAAACCAGCAUUUGUCGAGGCAGCUAGGAGGGCUGUGAUGCAGGCAGUAGCAAAUGCGCCAAAAAAUAAAGGGUAUGCAAGGGAAAAGGUAUUGGUCACAGGAGAUGGAAAUGAGACGGCCUAUGUUCUUGCCAAUUGCUGGGAGAGCUUAAAUAUUAGCUCUUGUCAGUUAUGCUUAAGGAGCGCAUCUUCAAAGAUAUUGAGAUGCUUACCAUCGUCUGAAGGACGGGCUUUGAACACAGGGUGCUUCAUAAGGUAUUCAAAUGUCAAUUUUCUGAACAAUGAUUCCAAGAGUGGAAUUUCAAAAGGUACUAUCAGAGUAAUAGCAGUCAGUGUUACCAGCACCGUCAUUCUUUUGGCGAUUGGGAUAGCUGCUGGAAUUCAUUUCAGGAAGCUCUGGAGAAUAAAGAAGAAACGAAGAGGAUCAAAUGAUGCAGAGGAAUUAGUGCAGAUGCUACAUGAUAGCAGCUUGAACUUCAAGUACUCGACACUUGAGAAGGCCACAAACUCUUUUGCAGAAGCCAAUAAACUAGGGCAAGGAGGAUUUGGAACAGUAUAUAAGGGAGUCUUGGCUGAUGGAAGGGAAAUUGCUGUCAAGAGACUCUUCCUGAACAAUAAACAUAGAGCAGCAGAUUUCUAUAAUGAAGUUAACAUAAUCAGCGGCCUGCAGCACAAUAAUCUGGUUAGAUUAUUGGGCUGCAGUUGCUCGGGACCUGAAAGUCUCCUUGUCUACGAGUUUUUGCCCAACAAGAGUCUUGAUCACUUCAUCUUUGAUCCCUUGUUAGGUAGAACCCUAAACUGGAAGAAAAGAUAUGGUAUAAUGAUUGGCACUGCUGAAGGUUUGGCAUAUCUUCACGAAAAUGCAAUUACAAGAAUCAUUCACAGGGACAUAAAAGCAAGCAACAUUCUGCUGGAUGCAAAAUUUCGAGCAAAAAUUGCUGAUUUUGGGUUGGCCAGGACUUUUCAAGAUGAUAAAAGCCACAUUAGUACAGCCAUUGCAGGCACACAGGGAUAUAUGGCCCCAGAGUAUCUAGCUCACGGGCAACUAACAGAGAAGGCAGAUGUUUACAGCUUCGGGGUGCUGCUGCUAGAGAUAGUCACAGGAAUGCAAAACAACAGGACAAAAAAUGAAGACAACUCAGAAAGCAUAAUAGCAAGUACAUGGAAGCAUUUCCAAAAGUGCACUCUGGAAGGUAUCCUAGAUCCAAACUUAACACCACCAGAAGAAAAUGAAGGCAACGUCAAGGAAGAAGCCAUGAGAGUUUUGCACGUAGGACUCCUGUGCACCCAAGAGGUACCUUCACUCCGACCAUCAAUGUCGACAACAGUACAAAUGCUGAAGAUGAAGGAAAGGCACCUUCCUCCACCUUCCAGUCCACCUUUUAUAGAUGAAAGGACUAUGGAACUCAAUGAUAUGUGUGAAAAUCCAAAUUACCCUCUACGAGGAGAAUCAUCAUCUUCUAUCGCUACUCUGGCCUUUAGCUCCUUUCACGGUAGGUGAUACUUCAUACUUGUGAAAGUAAGGCACAUUUUCUCAGAAAAGAAAACCCAAAAAAACCCAAGGCAAUCGUAAAGCGUGUGUGAAGCAAGCUAGAGACUAAACAAAGGUAAAACAGGAAAAGAUUACACAUAUUGUCAUUAGAGCUAGUAAGCAGCAUGCUCAUUACUCCAUAAAUUCCAGUAGCAACAACUGGAAUAUGGAGACAGUUACAAAGUAAAUUUAUCCUACUAAUGUAAUCAAUAAAUGGAACACUGCAUUGUUACCUCA